ACGGGUACUUGGUUAUGUAACCACCAGGUGGCGUGCAUAAAACGGACGCACUCGACCAUGACUGCUCACUCAUAAAUAACUUCUCCUGUUGUACUGAAGUCGAGAGGAAGAACUAGAGCGGUAUUAUCUCACGGGUACCCACUGUCAAUCAAGUGCACAUACGCGUGCAUCAAGAUGCCCUUUUCCCCCGUGGGGAUGAAGACCUUCUACAUGGGCGUGGCCACAGUGCUGGUCGGGCUGUGUCUAGUGCUUGUGUGUGACGCGAAACCUCACAGCCACCAAAACUGGCUGAGGAUGUCUUCACUCCGCAAGAAACGCCAGGCACAGUCGUCAAGGCUGGCAGGAACAAGGGACGAGACGAGAAACACUCUUGGAUACGACAGGGACACGACCACCAACUCAACCUACACAUGUGAUCGAGUAUAUCACACAACGUCAGGGAGUUUGGAUACUUACUCUGUGUCACUCGCACAAGGCAAGGACUGUGAAUACAUCGUUCGUCCCCCCUACUACCCCUUCUUCAUGACACUGUACUUGCGUCCAUUAUAUAUGACGUACAACUUCAUGGACAACAACAACAAUUGUUCUGGCAGCUAUGUGGAGAUCAGCGGCACACAGUACUGCGGAGCUAUUGAUGGCCAGUACAGCUUCUCAUCAGAUGAGGCUGGGCUACCUGUGCGGUGUCAUCACUCUGUUAAUUCAGUCACAGGGAGGAGGGAAGAAUUUAGCAUCUUCUUCAACACAAGGCCCCUUUCAUGUAUUGUAACGCUGACCAACACUACGGGCUACAUCAACAGCUACCCUGGUAAUGGCUAUGAAAUCCUAUGGGGUCCCUACUACACCGGCACUCACUGCGUCUUCACAAUAAAGGUGGAAGACGUUGUGGGUCAGAAAAUUGUCUUUAGUCUCAAUCAGUUCCACCUGGAGGACCCUGACAACAGCACAUCUGUCUGUAAUGAAUAUGUGGAUAUGAAUGGCGAAGAGAGACUGUGUGGAUACCAAUAUGGGACUCGAAGUUUCAACUUUGAUGGUACUUUUGUCAUAACCUUCACCAGUGACAAUAGUCAGACAAACAUGGACUUCGACAUCCAUUACGACAUCGUGCCAGCGACAUGCACAGCAACCUUGUCGUCAUUAUCUGGCAGCAUCAUGAGCGCCCCAGGUGACGGCAGGAACUACUUGGACAACACCCGGUGCAACUACACCUUCACAGCGACAUCCUACCCGAGAACCAUUACCUUCACCUUCACAACCUUCCAGCUGGAGAGUCAUGCCUCCUGCAGAUAUGACUACCUCCAGUUUAACAGCGGCGUGAAGAAAUGUGGAACUAUCUCCAAUCUCGUGUAUACUGACACGAUGAACGGCCAGUACCGUGUCACCUUCUACACUGACGGAUCAGUCACACGCCGUGGCUUCGUGGCCUCCUACCAGAUCAGUGACAUGAUUGACGUGCAAAACACAACUUCAAACCCCAUUGGGCUGGCAUCAAACAACGGUACCUGUGGCACAACGCUGACAUCUUCCACGGGGCGCAUCUACUACCCAACUACCGCCAGUUACACCAACAACGGCCGUUGCCAGGUGACUAUCAGACCUGGGGCUGGACAGACAUUCAACGUCACCUUCACAGACUUCGACCUCGAGUAUCAGUCUUCCUGCAACUACGACUCUCUGAUGUUCCAGGUGAACGGAGUCAACUCUUCCAAGACCUGUGGUCGCAACAGAGCAGGCCUAACACUUAGCUUCCCCUACACCAGCGGUGACAUCGUGGUGAACUUCAGGAGUGAUGGCAGCGUCACAGGAAGAGGAUUUGAUCUCAACUAUCAAGUGACCUAGGAUGAGGCGAUUGGGUGCAGAUGUACAUGACAAGCAUGCCCUUCCUGCCUGAUGGCUGUAUCUGCUGAAGCCCUGUCUUACUUGACCAUUGAUGAGACGAGUCAGCCAUCCAACGUAGACACAUGCACCAUUAACACCUGUCUGGUGGCAUAUUACACAUGGAAGUAAUUCAUAUUUAAUCAGAAAUCCAUAUAUCGAUAGUGCCUGAAGCUUAGCUUUAUCACACUUAUUGUUUUAUCCAUGCAUGUUUACUGUUGUUUUUCUUCUUUUUGAUGGUUAAUGUUUUGUCUUUCAUAUAUUGAAGCACAAGUGUUCUUCAAGAAUUAAAGCUCUUCUAUCAGCUUGA